AUGAGUAUUGACAUGAUUGAAGGUUAUUUCAGACGUUCUAUCACAAAUGAAAUUGAAGACAAAGCUAAAGAAAUUGUAGCUGUUAAUAUCGAUGAAUUUGAUGAGGAAAACAAUGAGCCGGCGAGCAUAGGUAGAAGAGUUGCUGAAGGUCUGAGUGGAAGGGCAAUUGCGUCUGAUUCCCUUUUUGUGGAUAUUAAGCAGUUGAAUUUAGUUAGUCGUCCCUCUUUCACUGCUGCCUUGAUUCGCCAUCCUUUGAACGAGUCGUUGAGACUUAACAUGAAAAGUGAUGAACUUAGACAAGGUCUUGCCCGUUUAUGGAAGCAUACCAUAACACUGUCCUUAGUGACGGUAGUCCUUCCUAAUACUUACCGCCUAUUGAAGGGAAAUGCAAUGCCGGUCAGAACUCCAGCACUACUUGGUCAUAGCAGUAGCACUCCUGUGACAGCGUAUAUUAUGAACCCAGGCAUCGACCUUCCUAUUCACAGUGGAAUUGGGGACUUCUAUGACUAUAAACCAUUGGCCCGAAUAUUCCAGUCCCUGAUUUCAUAUAUAUAUAUGGUUAAAAUAGGCGUUUCCUUGUGGAUCUUGAUCUACUACUACAGAAAGGACAGUGUAGAGCAGACACACCCAUUUUCCAUUUGUUCAAAGCAGAUGGGGAACUUUUUGGAACCUCGUUUUCAAAAGCCCAGUUCAAAAAGGGUUGACCAGUGCAAUUCUCAAGUUAAAGUAACAUUUGCUGGCACUACAAGGAGUAAUGAGUGA